AUGGCUGAAGAGGAUAGAGAAAAAACUGCUUUUAUCACCCCUUGGGGCACAUUUUGCUAUCGGGUAAUGCCAUUUGGUUUAAAGAAUACCGGAGCUACUUAUCAAAGGACUAUGACUACUUUGUUUCACGAUAUGAUCCACAAGGAGAUAGAGGUUUACGUGGAUGACAUUAUAAUCAAGUCCAAAAAAGCAGAAGACCAUUUGAUUGAUCUAAGAAAAUUGUUUGAAAGGUUGCGAAAGUACAAUUUGAAACUAAAUCCUGCAAAAUGCGCCUUUGGAGCACCAGCUGGUAAACUGUUGGGAUUUAUUGUCAGCAAAAAGGGCAUAGAGCUAGACCCGGCAAAGAUCAAGGCAAUUCGAGACAUGCCAGUGCCAAAAACGCAGAAAGAUGUGAAAAGUUUUCGGGGGAAGAUUAAUUUCAUUGGAAGAUUCAUUGCCCAAUUAACAGCUACGUGCGAGCCACUAUUCAAGUUGUUAAAAAAGAACGUGCCGUUGCAUUGGAAUGGAGAGUGCCAACAAGCUUUUGACAAAAUUAAGGAUUAUUUAUUGCACUCUCCAGUCCUAGUGCCACCCAAACCGGGCCGGCCUUUGAUCAUGUACUUAUCCGUGCUCGACGGAGCAGUAGGUUGUGUUCUGGGGCAACACGAUGAUUCCGGCAGGAAGGAGCAAGCCAUAUACUAUCUUAGCAAGAAAUUCACUCAGUAUGAGGUUCAUUAUUCAUUUAUCGAGAAAAGCUGCUGUGCAUUGGCCUGGGCAGCUCAAAAGUUGAGACACUACCUGUUAAGUCACAUCACUUAUCUCAUAUCCCGCUCUGAUCCUUUGAAAUACCUCUUGGAGAAGCCGAUGCUAACUGGGCGUUUGGCCAAAUGGCAAAUGAUUCUUUCAGAAUUUGAUAUUGUUUUCACUUCGCAAAAGGCCGUCAAGGGACAAGUUAUAGCCGAUCACUUGGCAGAAAAUCCAAACGACGAUGACUAUCAACCGCUCCAUACUUAUUUUCCCGAUGAGGAGGUUUUACUUGUUGGUGUGGCAGAAGAUAUGAGCGAGUUGUACCCUGAAUGGAGGUUGUUUUUCGAUGGUGCCGCUAAUUCUUUAGGAGCCGGAAUAGGAGCAGUUCUCGUAUCUCCAGAAGGGAAGCAUUACCCUGGGGCCGCUAAAUUGCAAUUUCCCUGCACAAACAAUAUGACUGAGUAUGAAGCCUGUAUUUUUGGUCUUAAAAUGGCUUUGGAAAUGGAAGUUAAGGAGUUGAUGGCCUUCAGUUUAGAAUUCAGACAUCUCCCGCGAGCUCGAAAUGUAUUUGCCGAUGCUUUGGCCACCUUAUCUUCUAUGAUACAAUAUCCGGACGAACUAGGAAUUGAGCCUAUCCGGAUCCAACUUCAGGACAAGCCUGCUCAUUGUUGGGUCAUAGACAAAACAUCUGGCGAAAGCCCUUGGUACAAUGAUAUUAAGGAGUUUAUCAAAACCGGGUCUUAUCCUCUAGAAGCUAGUGCAAAUGACAAGGGUUUCUUGCGCAGAAUGGCCUCGAAGUUUUUCUUAAAUGGAGAGGUAUUAUAUAAAAGGACUUCAGAUUUGAACCUUUUAAGGUGCAUCGAUGAAGACGAAGCUCAAUACAUGAUGAAAGAGGUACAUAGCGGUGUUUGUGGACCUCACAUGAAUGGACAUUUGUUAGCCAGGAAAAUCAUGAGAACUGGGUACUUUUGGCUUACCAUGGAGCGUGAUUGCAUAGAUUUUGUCCGGAGAUGUAUUAAAUGUCAAGUGCAUGGUGAUGUUAUACGCGCUCCUCCCACCGAAUUGCAUAGCAUGGUUGCACCAUGGCCCUGCUCAAUGUGGGGUAUGGACGUGAUCGGCACAAUUGACCCUCCUGCUUCAAAUGGACAUCGAUUUAUAUUGGUGGCAAUUGAAUAUUUUACCAAGUGGGUCGAAGCGGAAUCAUUCAAGCAUGUGACAAAGAAGGUGGUGGCAAAUUUCUUAAGAGAUCAUAUCAUAUGCUGA